UGCCUUUUUUUCAAUAAUGUCCUUUACUUGUUCUAGAUCUCCAUUCUUUAUAGCCCAUACGAAAUCACUGCUCAUUUUCAGCACCUUUUAAUCACUUUUUCAAUAAAGACCUUUUUGUUGAAAGGAUUAAAUUAAAUUGACAGUUGACACCACAGUUGACAAUGCGACGAGAUGACAGUUAGAUGAUCAGAUUAUCAGGUUAGCCAACAAAAAAUUUAAUUAUGAAUUCCAUUUGACAAUGUUGACAGUUGACAUCAAGUAUCUCUAAAAGUUGCCUGAUUAAUUAAUGCGGCUUCACAGAUUUAUCGACUUUUCCAACGCUCUUUGUUAUUUUCAAUAUUUAAAUCAAAGUUGUAUCUGUUCUUGAUAUAGCUCGCCGUAAAUCAUUCCUCGAUAGUGAAAAGUGAUCCAGUCUGUAUAUCCUUCCGUUUCGUCGAAAAGUUUCACCUUUCAUCCCACGGCUUCACCUUUAACUAAAAUGAAACCAAUCACACAAAUUCCGCGAUUUGCGUUUAAGUUCGUUUGUGGUUUGUUUUUAAUUUUAACCAAACUGAAACUACAUACUACAUCUUUUAAUUACUUUAAAUAGAAUAUAAACACUGAGCAAUGGCAUCAGGACUUGAUUCAUUUGUGAACCAUACCGUUUCUAUAAUAACAGCCGAUGGAAGAAAUUUUAUAGGAACGCUUAAAGGAUUUGAUCAAACCAUCAAUGUAAUUUUAGAUGAAUCUCAUGAAAGAGUGUAUUCUACAACAACAGGCGUAGAACAAGUAAUGUUAGGAUUACAUAUAAUACGAGGAGAUAAUAUAGCACUAGUCGGAUUAAUAGAUGAAGAAAUAGAUAAUAGACUGAAUUUAGCAAACAUAAAAGCAGAACCUUUAAACCCUGUUGUACAUUAACAAAUAAAUUAAUUUAUAAGGGCAUUUCUUUAAUUUUCUUGCAAUACCUAAAUUAAAUACAAGAUGUAUGUGGAUCCUGAAAAAAAAAAUGAAUGAUAUUUGAAAAACAAAAGUUGUAACACUUUGUAUUGAAUAGUAUUAUUGGAUAAUCUUUCAAAAUUACCGACUUAAUUAAUUUCGUGAGAAAUGAGAUGUAAUGAUUUUAUUCAACGUUUUGAAGUUUCCGCGGCGCAUCUCAAAUUUAUUUGUUUGGCCAUUUUUGCGCGUUUAGUUGAAUAAGCUAG